AGUAGUGUAUUUGUUUUAGCUCAUGGGCUACAGAAAAAGAUCAAACAAUUCGACUAGUGGUUGGUUAUUGAUCAAAUACGCUCUACUGAAAUAUUUAUUAAUAAGCCAUUCAUAUUGUAUGGUUCUCACAACAUACUCAUUAAAAAGUCCAAGAACAACAAAUCGGGUUAUGUAGGAUAGAACUAAAUGAAUAUCUGUAUACGGGUGUCAAUCGAAUAUAAAAUGCCUUUGUCCGAAGUGAGAAGAUGUGUAACCAUCAAAUUUACAUUAUUAUUGAUGUUAGCUGCUGUAGGUUUAGCUCAAUCACCAGAUAGUAACUCAAUAAAUGGCCCAAAUAAAGCUAAUGGAGGUGCUGUCGCAAAAUUCCGUAAAUAUUUUUCUCAGUGCCAAACACAUACAGUUGAAUUUGACGAAUGUAUAAAGAAUGCAAUCAAUAAUGUCAGACCAUAUUUUACAACAGGUGUACCAGAACUAGGAAUUCCUCCAUUUGAUCCGUUUUUCGCCGGUGUUGUUAAACAAAGCAAAGGGGCCGGUGUAUUUGGUUACAAGUUAACUUUAUAUAACGUUACUGAAACCGGAUGGAGACUUUCAGAAAUAAAAAAAAUCAAAACUAACUUCAAUACGAACACAAUCAAACUUACACAUUAUUUCCCUGAGAAGUAUUUAGAAGGUUACUACGAGGCAGAGAAUACGAUACUGCGACCUGGAGUUACGACGAUUGGCCAAUUCAAUCUGACUUUAUACGAUUAUAUCCAAACAAUGACAAUAAGCAAACCUAAAAAUGCAAAUCAAAUUAAAGUAUCUGUGCAGCUCGAAGAAAUUGGAAAUAUGUCACUGCAUAUUAGCAAUCUUUUGCGUGGAAGAAUUAUCGUCGAAAACGUUUUGGACAGAGUAAUAAACGCCUCAUGGAGAGUCGGUUUGCCAGUUGUGAAACCACUUAUAAACGACCUUGUUGCUUCAGCUUUUACUAAAAUUUGGAAUGAUAUUUUUAAUGAUUUUGAUUUUAGUUACUUACUGCCAUAAAUAAUUUAUAGGUUCAUAUUUUAUUUCAUUUUUAUUAUUUGGCCAUUAUGACAACAAAUAGUUUUAAUUAUAAUAGUAAUAGUUUCUGUCAUUCAACUAUAAUUAUUUGCAUCAUUCAUUGUUACAUUUUAAAAUAUCAUCAUUUUAUUUAUCAUACAUCAUACAAUAUCAUAUUACUGUUUAGUGUUUGUUAUAUUUUAAUGUAAUUUUUAUUUUAUUUUUAUUAUAUUAGGUAUAUACAUUUUAUUUAGUUUUAACUUUUGUGAGUGUAAUAUACAUAAAUAGGAGUAUAGUUUAUGUUAAUCUAUUAUAAUAUAAGGAAUAACAAAAUCAUUCAA